AUGUGCUCCCAGCUCUGGUUCCUGACGGACCGGCGCAUCCGCGAGGACUACCCGCAGGUGCAGAUCCUGCGCGCCCUCCGGCAGCGCUGCUCCGAGCAGGACGUGCGCUUCCGGGCGGUGCUCAUGGACCAGAUCGCCGUCACCAUCGUCGGCGGCCACCUCGGCCUGCAGCUGAACCAGAAGGCGCUCACCACUUUCCCAGAUGUGGUGCUCGUGCGGGUGCCCACCCCCUCGGUGCAGUCGGACAGCGACAUCACGGUCCUGCGCCACCUGGAGAAGCUGGGCUGCCGCCUCGUCAACCGCCCACAGAGCAUUUUAAACUGCGUCAACAAGUUCUGGACUUUCCAAGAGCUGGCUGGGCACGGGGUUCCCAUGCCAGACACCUUCUCCUAUGGUGGGCACGAAGACUUUUCCAAGAUGAUCGAUGAAGCUGAGCCCCUCGGCUACCCGGUUGUGGUGAAGAGCACGCGAGGACACCGGGGAAAAGCUGUUUUUCUUGCAAGAGAUAAACAUCACCUCUCAGACAUCUGCCAUCUGAUCCGCCAUGAUGUGCCCUACCUGUUCCAGAAGUAUGUGAAGGAGUCACACGGCAAAGAUAUCCGGGUGGUGGUGGUAGGGGGCCGGGUGAUAGGCUCUAUGCUUCGCUGCUCCACAGAUGGACGGAUGCAAAGCAACUGCUCUCUCGGCGGUGUGGGCGUCAUGUGCCCGCUGACAGAGCAAGGCAAGCAGUUGGCCAUUCAGGUGUCCAACAUCCUGGGCAUGGACUUCUGUGGCAUCGAUCUCCUCAUCAUGGAUGAUGGCUCCUUUGUGGUGUGUGAGGCAAACGCCAACGUCGGCUUCCUAGCCUUUGACCAGGCAUGCAAUUUAGAUGUGGGUGGCAUCAUCGCGGACUACACCAUGUCCUUGCUGCCCAAUAGGCAGACUGGCAAGAUGGCUGUCCUCCCAGGACUGUCUAGUCCCAGGGAGAAGAAAGAGCCAGAUGGCUGCGCUUCAGCUCAGGGAGUUGCGGAGAGCGUCUACGCCAUCAACAAUGGGUCUACCUCUAGCGAGAGUGAGCCUGAACUGGGAGAGAUCCGGGAUUCCUCAGUGAGCACAACGGGGGCCCCGCCCCCCAUGCUGCCCGAACCUGGCUACAACAUUAACAACAGGAUUGCUUCAGAAUUAAAACUUAAGUGAAUUCCUGCUUUUUGGCAGCAUUUAAACCAAAUCCUACUGCUUCCCUAUAGUUUUGAGUGAAUAAAAUCCAGACUAAUGUGAUUUCAUUUGCACAGAAACUAGAAAAUCCCAUCUGGGCACUCAGCAUUCUUUCUAACGAUGAUUUAAGCAAACAGCUUAGCUUUGUGGUUUUUACAGACACUAAUAUGAAAACACUCACCAAGAGCAACAUCCCGGGCGAUCGACUUCAGACCGAUGUCUGCCACGAGCACUUGAAUGCUACGGCUGACUUUUAAGGCACUGCCUGGGAGCUGCUGCUUCUGGCUGUUUCUAGCAGAGCCCAUGAACUCAGACCGGCUCCCGGAAGUGCUGCACUCAGGAGCCACCCCCGGAGGCAGGCGGGUGCAGAAGAGAAGGAAUGUGACUGCAGUUACAUGGCUCUUCGCUAAGUGUGUGUGUGUGAUGCUUGAAGAAUACACAGUUCAGUCUGUGCUCCCCGUCAAUCACCAUCUUGGCCAUAUUUCUCUGACACUCAGGAUAUGGUGUUUUAGGGAGCUUCCUCAUUAGCAUUUUCGAUGAAGCACUUUGUAGAAAGUUUGAGACCGAACAUUAUUUGAUUCACCGGUUGGCAGAUACCCUGCUGCGUAACUGGGGCUUUCUACAAAUUGCUUCGCCACUCUGAACUUCUAGACCCUGCUUCAACUAACGCCAGCCCCAGCAGCCUUUUGCACCUUUGCUGCCUUUGGCCUCAGCUGGAAAUGCACUUCAGUGAGCUAGUGGCCACACACUUUAUUUCUUACGCGUGCACUAGAAUUGAACACCAUGAACUUUCUUGUCAGUAGACUCUGUUCAUUUGUCAUCCAGAAGCCAGUGGGUUUUUAUCAUAGGAAGCUACUGGAAGAUAAUCAUUUUCCCCCUUCUCUCCUAAAACUUUGUGUACUGCUUAGCUGUAGAAGGUUUUCUUGUAUGCGUUGGUGUUGUGGGCCUGUUGGGUAGAUAGAGCCACUGGAAACACUCUAAUCCCCUCGACCUCCUAGUCCUAGCCAGGUUCCAGAGACCUGUCCUUACCCACUUUUUCCAAACUGGGGAGACUCAGGAAUUACUCAUUGCACGCUUAGGGGGAGGAGGGGCUGGGUAACGUAGACAGGACACCAAGUGCUUUUCAUUUUAACUCUUUAAGCAGUAGAUGAUGGUCCUUCCCUUGGGUGAAAUCAUGGAGAUGGAGUUUUCCAUCUCUUCUUAUAUGAAGUAGGACGAGAAUGAGCAAGGCUCCCUUUUUAACCAAAUACACUCAAACAUAAGCACUCAAGAGUUACCGUAAUCUGUGUUACUUCCUCGGGAGACCAUACCCUUGGGCUGUGAUACUGCAUGAGCCGAGAACAGAUAGAAUUCCUCUUUGGAAUUCCCUCUGAAGCCAUGCAAGGGAAGAGGCCUUACAGCCUUACAGUCAGACUUCAGUUUUUAUACCACUCCUCCCCACAGGUAGUCCCAAGCUCCAUCACCCAUUUUAUCUAUCAGACUUAUUUUCUAAUGCUCUUUGGCUGUUAAAAAAAAAAAAAAAAAACAAAAUCAUCCCUCAAAACAUAAAUCUACCCACAAAGGACAACAACGAGGAAGCUUACAAGUGGACAGUUUCCAAGGAAGGCUCUAGAAAUAGUCUGAGUCAAGGUCAGCUUCACUGACUAAACAUACAUCUUCCCAAGGUGACUAGUUUGAAGGCAGCAACACCCAUUUGGGUGUAUAAAUUCCUGUAUUUACUCUGCUGUAAAUGUAAAAUGUAUAUAAAGUCAAAACUAUUACAUUUUUUCACAACACAUUUAAAUAGAAAUUGGCUUUUAAAAUAUUGUGGCUAAAAGCACAUCUCACCAAGUAACAGACAAUUGAAAAGCAUUUGGCUCCAUGUAAUGGAGAUAUUGUACUACACAAUUGUAGUUUAAAUGCAGUCCAACAUAGGGUGCAUGCCACUCAGUUGUAACUCUAGUAAUGUGUCUUGUACAGUUGACAAACGAUAAUACUUCACCUUUAUGCAGGUUAAGACAUUUACCUUAUCUUUACCACUCAGGGUGGGUUUAGAAGGAUAGUUCUAGGUCUGUUCUUGUUGGAAUUGUCCAUAUGCUUUCUCCGUAAACAUCUGAACCAAGCGAUGACCUUCUGGAAGCUGCAUUCACUCAUUCCCACUGUUCAGUGUAAGCCCAAUCUCCCCACUUUAUCUGAAAGGACGCUAGCAGGCCCUGUCCCGAGCAGAGCAGCUAGAGGGUGCUUCCAGAUUUGUCAAAGAGGGCCCGUCUUCCAGCUGCUAGUGACAUCUGUAGUCAUUGGCACCAUUGCUUGAAAUGUAGCCCAGCCUGGAAGCAGAGAAAGCUGGAUCACACAUGGAUCACAGCUCCCACCUCCCUGCACCCCCCCCCCCCCCCAGAUUUCCCAUACCCGCCAUGGGCCCUGUGAGCCUUGGUCAUGGGUCUAGGCCACACUCAUUACAGCUGCCUGCAAGGCCUGCUAGAGGGAAUGUGGGACACAGAGCCAAUUCCUGGUUCUGGCUCUCCCCUUAAGGAGCUGACAACCUUGCACAAUCAGGUAGGCUCUGCCUCCCGGUUUUUCAUUCUUCCAAUAGGGGAGAUGCCUGUUUACCUCUUGAGGGUGCUUUGAGGUUGAAGUGAGUUAAUUAAUGAGACUGUGCAUCAUGUGGGAAGUGGUAGAAGAAUACCUCCCACAUCAGGUUUUGUAAGUUUCUCAUUAUCCCUCCUCUUGAGGGAGUCAAAGAAAGAGGCCAUGAAUUCUUGGCAUUAGCACACUAAACAGUGGUAGGGGGCCUGAAAAAGGAUGCAGCUUCUUAGAGGCCUUACCACCUGAAAGGAGUAAGGCUCUUGGGUGUAUUCACAUAGCCUUCUGGAUGUAUCGUAUAUAACCUGAAACUCCUGACUCUCCUAUAUCAACUAACAGUCUUCCUUAUGUAACAUAAAUUGCAGUGUCUGUAUAUGGUCUUCCCAUUACCUGAUAGUAGCAUCUUGAAACUGGUCAAAACUUGAAUGCCAAUAGCUCCGUCACUCAGAAUAUAUAUGAUUCUGCACUUGGGAAAAAUGUCUUCAUGCUAUCUGUCUGAUUGCUGUGGGGUGCGGGUUUGUGAGAAUGUGGGUUGGGGGCUUUAGGUCUUUAAAACCUGAUGAAACAGUGUAAGUGGAUUAUAAGCUCUUCCUAUCACCAUUGCAGACUCAUUGCUCCCAGCUAAGAGGGGAUUCCGUGAUAGCUGCGGAUGGGGUGAGGAGGAAAGGGAAGGAGAAAGGUCUUGGAUAGUUUUGUGACGUUUCAGCGGAAGAAAUAAGAAAUUGGGAUAAUUUGGAAUUCCAGGGGGAACGAAGAAGAAAUGGCUCUUCUGGGGGUUGUUUAAAUGAAAGAAUCAUGCACACAUAUUCAUUAGAGGUAGGGGUCUUUGAAACUUCUGUAUAAAGAAAAUAAAUUACGUGGAUUCUCAUCGGCCUUGAGGAGGUGGGAGAGACAUGCCUCAGCACUUCCUUAAGUCCUGAUGAAUGCUGGUCUUGAUGCAAGCCCAGGGGAGAUGGAAGCAGCUUGCUGGGGGCUCCAGGGUCCCCCAAGUAACAGCUGGCCCUUCUGCAGAAAACUGUGUGCAGGCAGGCCUGGAGCCACAGUGCUCUGAGGUGGGUCUAAGGAGCCACGUCAGAGUGAAUCCAAAGCCAGUAGAACAGGGAACCUCAGCUUAAUACUUUCUUUUGCACCUGUAGGUGAGGCUUCUCUUUGCUGUCUGUGCAGAUGUUUGGGGACGAGCCCUGACAGCAGUCAUCUUUGUCACUGUCCAAAGCUCGUGUUCUUCCAUCUGCUGCUACAGCCUAAUAGCAAGCCUCGUGCUGUUUUUUACUUUCUCUGAGACUCGAGAUCAGAUCAUGAUUUAAAAUGCUUUUACUUGGAAGACCCCCUCCCCCCCCCAUCUCAGGAAUAUGUUGUUGGAAUUGUUCCUGAAAACCAUAUUAUGCUUCCAUUCCAAGUCUCUGGCCAGACCCUGCAGCCCUCCCUUCUUAAAACACACAGCUGAGUACAACUUUGUUUCUUCAAGAUUUUCAGCUUCCUUCCCCAGGUGUGGUUCCCGUGCCAACGUGUGGCACUCUCCUGGGCCCUGUGCUGGCCUCCCCAACCCUGUUUGGUAGUCUCGCUGUGCCAUUUUGUGUUCACUGGGCUCCGAGGUGACACUGAGAAAGUCACCCACCAAGCCAGAUUUGUUUUUUUAGUAUUUUAUUUAUUUGAGAGAAAUCGAGAGAGAGAGAGAGUGAGCAUGAGCCGGGGGGAGGGGCAUAGGGAGAGAGAGAAGCAGACUCCCUGCUGAGCAGGGACCCUGGGAUCAUGACCUGAGCCUGAGGCAGAUGCUUAACCAACUGAACCACUCAGGCACCCCAUUAAACCAGAUUCGAGGACAAAGGAAUAACAGCACUCUGGACACCAAUUCAGUCCCCCCAUUUUAUAGACAGAGGAUCUGAAUCCCAGAGGCCAAGAUCACUUAGCUAGUCAGCAGCAGGGCUGGGAUGCGGGCAGUCCAAGUCCCCGUUCUGGUUUAGCAUACUGCCAGAGGUGGCUCUGUUCUUCCAUGGUGCUUAGCACUUGCUGUCAUCCUGGACUCACCCUCUGCCCUUUCUCCCGCUGAGCCUCUGCUCUGGAUCCACGUGGUGUUGAUGUGCCAGCUCAGAAGGCUUCACCUCUUGGAUGGCCUUAAAUGAGAGCCCUAGGGGCACAUAGGAGAUUUCUAGGGUACAAGCUGGCAUAUGGCCUGCGCCCUCAGACCGGCCAAGACCAUUUAGCCCCACCUCACACCAUCAGUGAUGGAUGAGGGGGCAAGGCCCCUGCCGAGCUGGCUGAAGGCUCCCUUGGUGCCAAUUUGGCUGGCAUUUCCCCACUGCAGAAUGUCUUGGAUGUAUGGAGGCCUUUGUGGGCCUCCGUGAAGGUCAAGGGUUUGAAGGUCCCAAACUUCUCCCAUCGGGCACUCCUUCAGGGGGAUCCUGCUUGAUGCACAUGUUCCAACUGCAAUGAGCCACAAAGUCAAAAGUGUCCUCCCACUUCAGUUCCACAGCGCAUUCACCUGCAGCCAGCCACUAGGCCAGAUUCUUCCCUCUUGACGCCCAUAUGUCAGCCGAGGCCCACAUAGCCCUUGAGAUCCGGGCACGCCCAGUAAUUGGGCCUUUGGAUGUCUGUGAUCUCUAAGGCGCUCACGUUUUGGCCGCCACAGCUGACACCAGACUUCUGCUACCUCAUUUUAAGCAACGAUGGGGUCUCCUCCCUGUGGUCCAUCAAUGACACGAAGAUCAGUUCUCCCAUUUCCACACACAACAAAAUUCAAAUGCACCCGUGUGUGUGGGCACACAUGUGUUUCAAUGACGUGGGAGGAAACAGAAGACAUUACAGCAAUGCAGACACGGUACGCCCUUCAUAAAGUGUUCUUUGGAUACACCACUGAGGAACCCAUCACCUUCCACCCCACAAGUACCUGUCUCCCUACUUGGGACAAACCAAAUCCAUUUACAUUCUCCUGUACAGCAGUAUGGCCAGUCCUUUUCUUUUCUUUUCUUUUAGAUUUUAUUUAUUUAUUUGAGAGAGAGAGAGUGAGAGUGCACGAGAGGGGGUAGGGUCAGAGGGAGAAGCAGGUUCCCCACUGAGCAGGGAGCCCGAUGUGGGACUCGAUCCUGGGACUCCAGGAUCAUGACCUGAGCCGAAGGCAGUCGCUUAAGCAACUGAGCCACCCAGGUGCCCGCCAGUCCUUUUCUUAACUUGAUUCCUGCCAACGCCCUUACCUUUGAGAUUUCCCCUUCCCCGUUUGGGGUUAUUAUUAUUAAGGGCAUUUUCCUAAACAAAGAUGGCUCCCUCAAGAGGAACUCUCAAGGUGAUACAUUUUUGACUCGUACUACGCUACACAGGCAUCUCAACAACCAGAGUCCCCACCGUCAGGGUCUUCACGCUCUCUGGCAGGCAACACGGGCUAACGUCAAUAAUGCCAGUUUGAGUUAGACACCCCUGGUGCCAAUCCUGACUCCAAAACCUAUAGCUUGUGUGACCUCGGGUGAGUCGUUUCAUCUUGCCACAUCUUCGUUUCUCUACCUAUAAACGUGAUAAGUAAACACAGUCGUGAAUGUGAAGCACUGAGCCACAUGCCUAGCUUUCCGCAGCAUCCUUCCCACUGUCAGCAAUCACAGGCAGCUCGUGCCCGUGAUCGUGGCUUGGGGCCAAGGGAGGAGAGCCGGCAGACAGCAGCUUUACGGCUGGGAGGGCGAGGAGGGCUGACGGCUGCUUGUGCACGCUGUGGUCCAGGCUUCACAAUUGGGAGGUUCCGUCCGUCCUUGAGAUCUAGGAUGCUACAGUGUGAGAUCUAGAUGGUGCAUUUGGCUUAAUGCUGUAUUUGAAGGAAAGGCUGCCUCGGAUGACUAGGAGGCUGCAAACCUGGUGGGCAGCCUGACCUUGGGCAAUUUAGCACCUGGUUUUUCCUGCAUGAGGUUGGCUGGCUUUGCAUCAGAUAGAAGGAGGAGGUGCCAGGGAUUUGCAUGUAAUCCGUCAAACAGAGGGUGAGGGGAGUGCAGGAGGCCAGGGCUGUGCAGGGAGCUCCAGUAGUGCAACAGCACCAUCUGGACUUGGUGGGGCCGACAGCCCUGAGAUCGGAUGGAAGUAGCCAAUCAAGUGGCUCAUUUUCCUGCUGUCCUGCACCUGUCCCAAGGGAGGCUCCCAGAAUGUCCUGUCUGGAAAGAAUGCUCAUCUCCUGUAAGGAGAGCAGGGCUCUCAAUCCCUCCACAUAACCAACAGAGGUCUCUCUGAAGACAGGAUUCGGCAGGUGUUUGGUGUUAUCCCCCCGGAAGGGGUGCCCCUGUGCCAGUGGGGCGCUGGAGCCUGCUCGCUCUGGCCCAGGGGAGGGGAUCAUGAGCAUUUUGCAGGAAUUUAGUGAGCUGGCUCUCAAACACAGCCAUCAUUUUUUAAAAAAAUGAAAUGAUAUCAACCUAUAAUGAAAGUAUAUUACAAAAAAAAGUUAAAAAUAUAGGUAUUAAAUACUCAAAGCUCAUCACUUUGCAAUUAUUUUACUACAUUUUUCUAUUAUCCAUGCUCUCGAGGUUACGCUCUCGGAAAUGUCCUGCGAUGAAGAGAUGAAGGGCAUGUUGCUGCGAGUCUCUGCAAACGCCACCGUUCAGUGACAUCACGUUGGUGACUUGACAUCAGCCCUAGUAGGAUAUCUUACCCCCCCAGCCCCCGAGAUGGGCAGAUGCCACAUAUCAAGUUUCUACCCCUGGAGGGCUGGUUGCGAAACAUUUAGCAGCAUCCCACUGCUACUUGGUGACCGAGAAAGACAUGGAGCCACAAGAGCAUUGAAACACCUCGUUCUGGGGAGGUUCGCCUGGGUGAUGGAUUUCUUGAAGCAGGUGUCCUGGUAGAAUGUGCAGAACUGGCCAAGAAAAAUGCUUGAAAACGCUGCUUCUCCGCUUGUUUUGUCUUGCCUCUGUUUUCCACGCGUGAGAAAUGUGUUUCAUUUGCUCCUAAACUUCUGGAGUGAUUUGUGAGUUCUGUCGCACUGCGGGUGGGUACUUCGGCUCAGUUCCCCUCCAGGAAAGUGAAUUGUCGUUUCCCCUGCCUAACCGGCAAGCUGAAAAUGUGCUACAAGGAAUAUGUCUUAACUAGGCAUUGAGAGAGCUCAUUUCCAAGUGGUUUCUACAGCAAUAACAGUGUUAACUUCUCCAACAGGGAAGAAAUCAUUUAUAAAUGAUUGUUUUGCUGUCUUUGCUUUUUAUUAAAAUUAUUAC